UUUCAUUUUCUGAAAAAUACUUGUAAUUUUAAGCACAAUAUCCCUUAUUACGGUAACAUUAAUCAUUCAGUUAUAAAUGGAUAAUAAACUAAUUGCAGAAAAAUGGAAGGUUUCGUGUUAUUUGCAAGUACGAAACAUUAAAGUUACCAAGUAUAAACAUGGAGGAGUUUGAUAUGUUCAUCAAUGGCAUCCUGUUCGACAAAGAACCAACUAGGACAGAGGAGUUGGAUGCAUAUAUAAACUGCAUCUUAGAUGAAAAAGAGACAACACUAAAAGAGGAAUUAGAUGCGUUUGUGAAUUGCAUCUUAGAUGACAAAGAAAAUAAAGAGGACAACAUGCACCAGGAUUACCAACAGCACAGAAUACAAGUUGAGCCGAAGAAACAUCACCAACAGAAGAGAAAUUUAGAACAUGGAAAAGAAACACCAAAGUGUCCUCUUGCUGUUGUGAGGAAUCAGAGAGUCCGUAGACCACCAAAUGCUUUCAUCCUAUACUCCAGUGAAUGGCGGAAGAGAAUGUCUCUGCAAUACCCACAUGAAAGUAACAAUGAGAUAAGCGUGAGGGCUACCAGCCAUGUAAGGUGGUUUACUGGAGUAAACACUGACAUUUCGAGAGAACAGAGCACCCUGAGGGGGGGGAGGAUUAACGUUAAAAGGAACAGCUUUUGUAUAAUAACUGCAAUAUCGACCCUAACCAUGAGUGCCACUUAAUUCACUGUUACAUUUGUAGUCUGAUACGUUACAGGAACAUUGGACAAUGGAGAGCUGCUUCAUUGACUUUUGUGAAAUGCAGUAAACAUUUUCAUGUUUUUAUUAAUCAUCUUCAUUUACAGAGGCAGUAAUGUUGUAAAAAAAUGUUCUUCGGCUAUCAUAGUUGUCUUUUCUAAAUCCAAAUACAUCAAUAAAGAAUUUCCUUAUA